GGAAACCAAAAGGUCAGCAUUCGGUUGCAGAGCAGUCUCCUUCAGCUCGUCCUCCAGCCGGUGAAGCUCUCCUCGGCCGUCUGUUGUGAGGAACACCUCCAUAAAGUCACUUUGGUAUAACACUAGCGCCGUCUUUAACUGGUACAAUGGCCGUGCCUCCCGCUUAUGCUGAUCUGGGCAAAUCUGCCAAGGAUAUCUUCAAUAAAGGCUAUGGAUUUGGCAUAGUGAAGCUUGACGUGAAGACAAAGUCUGCCAGUGGAGUUGAAUUCAAAACAUCUGGUUCGUCCAACACUGAUACCAGCAAAGUUGUCGGCAGCCUGGAAACCAAAUACAAGCGGCCCGAAUAUGGCUUGACCUUCACUGAGAAGUGGAACACCGACAACACCCUGGGAACAGAAAUCACCGUUGAAGACCAGAUUACAAAAGGGCUAAAGUUGACAUUUGACACAACCUUCUCACCAAACACUGGUAAGAAGAGUGGCAAGGUUAAGACCGCGUACAAGCGCGAGUACCUCAACUUGGGCUGCGAUGUUGACUUCGACUUCGCCGGCCCAACGAUCCACGGAGCCGCCGUCAUCGGUUACGAGGGAUGGCUCGCCGGUUACCAGAUGAGCUUCGACACCGCCAAAUCCAGGAUGACCAAGAACAACUUCGCCAUUGGCUACAAGACGGCAGACUUCCAGCUACAUACAAAUGUAAAUGAUGGAGCUGAGUUUGGUGGCUCCAUCUACCAGAAGCCCAGUGACAGGCUGGAGACUGCAGUCCACCUGGCGUGGAGCGCCGGCAGCAACAGCACAAACUUCGGCAUUGGUGCUAAAUACCAACUGGACAAAGAUGCCUCCAUCAGUGCUAAAGUUAACAACAAUAGCCUUGUAGGUGUUGGCUACACCCAAACUCUUAGACCAGGUGUGAAACUGACUCUCUCUGGUCUGAUUGAUGGGAAGAGCAUCAAUGUAGGAGGCCACAAGCUGGGUCUGGGCCUGGAACUGGAAGCCUAAACUGUCCUCAUACCGCAGGGGACUAGGGAAUAUCAGAAGAAUCAGGCCUUAAGUGUAUGUCCAACUCAGACCAGCAAAGGGAAAUCAUGGAGAGAUCAGUUUAAAGGCUUCUGCUGCACACUCUCGGGAACCUCACCGAGUCGGUGCUGCUGUCUUCGGAAUAUUUUAUCUUUUUGAUGCUUUUUACUUUGUGGUUGCAUCAAUCCAAAAGACAGUCAUUGUCAUAUUAUUUAUAAAUGUCAUUGUUCCUGUCUACCACUGCCAUAAUAAUUUUGAUCAUCCAAUCCCUCUGUACGUCAGUGUGUGGCUUUAUCGCAAUAAUCCCAGACACUCCAUUCACGUCCCUUUUUACGUGACAACAGAAAUUCACACGUUUGUUUCUUGAAGAUUCAUAUUUUGUCUCUAUUCUUUGCCAUCACAACCAUUAUCUGAUCCAAACCUAAAUUACACUAGACUUGUGUUUAGAUACCGAUCAUAGAAAAACACAUGCUGAUAUUCCGUUAAUGUCGAUGUUUUAAGCUGGGAGGUUUUGGCAAAGCUGCACAUGUGACCUUCCCCUAAACUGAAUGGUUCUGGGGUUACUGGGAGAGAAACCUGUGCUUUGGAUCGCCCAAGCAGAGUUAUAUUUUGUUUAUUAUGCAACAAGAGACAACUGUGGAGCACAUAAUGUUCAAAGUGAUGCCAAACUAAGAAAUUCUUUGGAGGAGGUGUAGAGUAAAGUUGCACACGUGCUUCAUGGAAAUCUGUUUCUGUUCAGUUCUUACCGAUCCUAUAAGAAGUCUUUGAGGUCCCUUUGUGUAUGUACGGAUUUUCAAUAAAGUCUUUGAACUUCA